AUGUAUUAUGCAGGAUCUUUUGGAUAUUUGAACAAGAAAAUUGGAAGUAAAAUCACAUAAUAGAAUUAUGAAUUGCAAGUCUUACAUAAGGCGUUAAAAAGUUGCUAAAACCUCUAAAUCUUUAUCUGUUCUUGCAUAUCUAUAUUACUUAUUGUUAGGCGCUUAUAUGUAUGUAUCCGUAUUUACGCAUUCUGCACUUCUUUCAGGAAGACUGUUCAUCAUUGUUGCUUCAAACUGGUUCAAUCAAUGUCUAUCGUCGGAUGAGACUGCGGACGUAACACAUGUUCAAACCUUGUUCGAUUCCCAGUUAUGGUUUAUGUCAAGACUAUAUCAACAAACUAUCCUCGAGACUAUGCGGCUCAUUAGUGCACGUAAAGUUCAAGUGUAAGAUAUCAAAAUAUCGGCGCCUGAUACAGAGGAAAAAUCGGAGGUUAAAUCUACAGGGAAAAUGGUGGAUGCAAUGCGUAGGUAAUGCGAUGCAAACUAGAUUUCGAUUGAUUGCCAACGAGCAUUUAAGUCGAGAGACAGCUGCCGCAAUUCGAUAUAUCUCCAUUUAGACCAAGACUCGGGACAGUAUCUGUUGGUAAGAUCAGUUUUUAAAAGA